AUGCUGGAGAACAACCGCAUCUCGAGUAUCAACGUUAGCAAACCAGAUGUGAUCUUCAGACUGGAGCAAGGAGAAGAACCAUGGACAGUAGAGGAAUUCUCAAGUCAGAACUACUCAGAUGAGUGAUAACUAACUGAUGAUGCCUUAAAGGAGGACAAGGAAAUCCAAGGCAAACAUUUGAGGCAAAUUGUAUUCUUCUGCAAUAAAACACUGAUUACAGAGAGAGCUACUGUAUUUGGGAAAACAUUUAAUCUGGGCAUGAAUAUUGUUCCCUCAAGAAAAACACCCUACAGAUAUCCAUGUGGAAACAAUUUAAAAACUAAUUCAGAAGUAAUCGUUGCAAAGAAAAGCUACUUUAAAAAGGUUCCUGAUGAAUACAGUAGAUGUGGGAAAACGCAACUCGUUUCUAAGCAAGAGAAAAGUCGUUCUGGAAUGAAACAAUACAAAUAUAAUCCAGUUAGGAAAGCCAGAAGUCAAAAUGAAGAUUUGAUUCUGCACCAGAACAUUCAGGCUUUGAAGCGACCUUUUGGCUAUGGAAAAUGUGGGAAAAACUUCAAGAGGGCAGUCCUCUUCACAUAGAAGAGGAUACAUUCUGAAAGGAAACCAAGUUAAUGUAAUGAAUGUAGGAAAACCUUUUCUAAGAAGUCCACCCUCAUUGUACAGAGAUUUCAUACAGGGGAGAAACCCUAUGUUCGUAAUGACUGUAGGAAAACUUUCCGUGUAAAGACGAACCUUACUCGACACCAAAGAAUUCAUACUGGAGGUCGACCCUAUGAAUGAAGCGAAUGUGGAAAAACCUUCACUGACAAAUUGGCCCUCGUUGUGCAUCAGAAGAUUCAAGGGGAGAAAUCCUAUGAGUGUCAUGAAUGUGGGAAGACCUUUUUUGGGAAGUCAGUCCUCACUGAACAUUUCAGGUCACACGCGGGAGAAACUUACGAAUGCAAAGAAUGUGGGAACACCUUCAACAAAUCUUACCUCGCUGUUCAUCAGCAAACUCACAGAGGAGAGAAACCAAAUGAAUGUGGGAAAACCUUCUGUCAUUCAGCCCUCAAUGUGCAUCAGAGAUCUCACACAGGAGAGAAACCCUAUGAAUGCAGUCAGUGUGGAAAAAAUUUGUGUACUAAAGCAGCCCUCACGGCACAUUAGAUAACUCAUAGAGGAGAGAAAUCUUACCUAUGUAACAAAUGUGGGAAAUUUUUCUGCCAUAAGUCAACACUCACUAUACAUCACAGAACUCACACUAGAGAGAAACGCAGUGUGUUUAAUAAAUGUGGUAGAACAUUCACUGUGACGUCAAACCACAGUGAAUAUAAGAGAGUGCACACAAAGGGGAAUCUUUAUGAGUGCAACGGACGUGGACACGCCAUCAACAAAAACUCACACAUCAAGCAUCAGAGAACUAUAUGGGAGAGACCAUAUGAAUGUAGCGAGUAUGGGAGAGGCUACUGCCGGAAGUCGGCCCUCACUCGCCAUCAGAGGACACACACAGGAGAGAGACCCUAUGAGUGUAAUGAAUGUGGGAAAACCUUCCACCAGAAGUUCUCCCUUGUUCAACACCAGCGAACUCACACUGGGUAGAAGCCGUAUGAAUGUGCUGAACGUGGGAAAUCCUGCCAUAAGUCAGCCUUCAGAGUACAUCGGAGAAUUCAUAUGGGAGAGAAACCCUAGGAAUGUAACAAGUGUGGGGAAGCCUACCAUCGGCUGUGGACUCUCACUGAACAUCAGAAAAUACACACAGAGAAACCCUAUGAGUGUCACGGAUGUGAGAAAACAUUUUGCCACAAAUCAAACUUCCUGCUACAUCAGAAAACUCAAAAGGAAUGAGCUCCGAGAAGGCGGUGAUCAACAAAGGAACAAAUCAAGUAAUUUACACAAUGCUAAAACUCUGUGGAUAGGCAUAGAGGAGUGAAUUGUAUAAACACAAUUAAUGUGAGAAAACUUUCAGCCAUAAAUCAAACCUCAUUAUCACAUCAGAAAACUCACACAGGAGAAUAAAAUAGAGUGUGUUUAAUAAGUGUGUUGUAACAUUCACUAGGCACCAUGAAAACGUUCAACAAUUCAAACAUUAUGCCACGUGUGCCUCCCUUUUAAAAUAAUGAAAGAGAUGAUGUUUAAGUUAAUCUGUUCCUUUCCACAUUGU